CAGAAUCCCAGAAAGAGAGCAGAAUGUCAUGACUUUGGGCUACAUAACAUAGAACCCAACCAAGGUCACUUCCUUGACCCAAAAGAAAGCAGGCUUCUUAUGCUAUAAGGUUCAAACUUGGUAACUCAUCUCUUCGCCACCAUUUCUGGCUUCCGCUCUUCCCGAUCCCGAAACCCGAACCAGAAGGGAUGCUCAGACCAAAUCUCCGUUCCUUCAAAACUAUAACAACCAUCUCUUCUGUUCAUAUCUCACCUCUAAGGAAACACCUACUGUCCCUCUUCUUCUCAUCACUGCCUCAUCAGUUGCAGAGCCCAAUUCAACACCAGGAGCAUCAUCAAGCUGUCGAUUCCUCAUAUUCUGAUGGUUCAAGUUCAUCAAUUGGGUCUCCUGCCAGAGUCCAGAAGCUCAUAGCUUCGCAACCGAACCCUCUUCUCGCCAAGGAAAUCUUCGACUACGCCUCUCGCCAACCCGACUUCCGUCACUCUUACUCGACCUACCUCAUUCUCAUUCUCAAACUGGGCCGCGCCAGAUACUUCUCCCUCGUUGAUGAUCUCCUUCGUCGCUUGAAAUCGGAUUCGCAACCCAUUACUCCUACACUCUUUUCAUACUUGAUCAAAGUCUACGGUGAAGCUGGUUUGCCUGAUAAAGCCCUCAAAACCUUCUACACUAUGAUGCAAUUUGAUUGUAAACCUUUACCCAAACACCUGAACCGCAUUCUUGAAAUUCUCGUGGCUCACAGGAAUUAUGUGCGACCCGCUUUUGAUCUCUUCAGAGAUGCUCAUAGGUAUGGAGUAAUGCCUAAUACAAAGUCAUACAAUAUUCUGAUGCGGGCGUUUUGUUUAAAUGGAGAUAUAAGUAUUGCCUUCUCACUGUUCAACAAAAUGUUUAAGAGAGAUCUCUUUCCAGAUAUAGAUUCUUAUAGAAUUUUGAUGCAGGGAUUGUGUAGAAAGAGUCAAGUAAAUGGGGCUGUUGACUUGUUGGAGGAUAUGUUGAACAAAGGGUUGGUACCAGAUACAUUAACCUAUACUACUUUGCUGAAUAGUUUGUGUAGGAAAAAGAAGCUCAGAGAAGCAUACAAACUUCUUUGCAGGAUGAAGGUUAAGGGAUGCAAUCCUGACAUUGUUCAUUAUAAUACUGUUAUACUGGGGUUCUGCAGGGUAGGCCGUGCUCUUGAUGCUUGUAAGGUUAUUGAUGACAUGCAAUCAAAUGGGUGUUUACCCAAUUUGGUAUCUUACCGUACUUUGACAAAUGGUUUAUGCGAUGAGGGAAUGUUAGAUGAGGCAAACAGGUACAUGGAGGACAUGUUGUCAAAAGGAUUUUUUCCCCAUUUCUCUGUUAUUCACGCCUUAGUUAAGGGCUACUGCAAUGUUGGUAAGAUUGAUGAAGCUUGUAGAGUGCUCACUAAAUCGCUAGAACAUGGGGAAGUGCCUCACAUGGAUAGUUGGGCGAUCAUAAUACCUAGAAUCUGUGAAGUGGAGGAUAAUGCCAAGAUGAGGGAUAUUUUUGAAGGAGUUCUGAAGAUUGAAAUAAAAGGUAACACUAGAAUAGUGGAGGCUGGUAUCGGUUUGGAGAAUUACUUGAUUAGGAAGAUACAAUCAAGGUCAAGGGGACAUUAAACAUAUCCCAUCUACAUGGCUAACGAUUUGUUUCUGACCUCUGUUUAUCAUGUCGGAUCCUGCCUAUUUAGUCUCAGAUGAGAAUCCCCAUUCCUUGAUGGUAUGAGUACUCUAAUUGCUCCUUGGGUGUUCGUUUGUAUAUAAAUGAUCUUACAUAAAUGAUGUAUUCGGGGUUCUGACUGGUCAUUGUGUCAA